AUGGUGAGAGUUUUUCGAGGGGAUUUGGGAGUGCAAGGGGGAAGGAAAGCAGGCAGGAAGCAGGGCAUGCAGAGACUGGAAGAGGAAGAGGAAAAACCUCUUGCAGAAACAAACGAGAGGCCAGGAUGGGAGCACAUCAGCGGGUCGAGCCGUAGCAAGGCAGGAGGGAGAUGGGCGAUAUCGAAGAAUGGAGUGAGGGUAGGACACGUCGGUUUGCGCAUUUACCCUGUCUCGAACCUGAUCAAGUCCUACACGGGCUUCGGAGGAGGCAUCGUCUUCGUCAGCGUCCUCAAGGUCCUCAACUCCUUCGGGGCCCUCGGAGAAGAGACGGGGGAUGACAAGCUGGGAGGGUUGGCCGGCAACAUCGCGCUGGUGACGGUCAUGGACUCGGUCACCUCGUUGCCGCUCGUCAUCUACGACCGGCACAACAUCUUCUGGCCCGUCGUCUUCGCCAUCUCCUCCUGCAUGGCCGUCACUGUGCCCAUCGGCACGAGCAUCCUGCAAAUCACAGUGAGGUCAGGGCAUGAGGCGCUGUCGCACAUGCUCAAGCGAGUGUUCGGAGGCAUCGUGAUCGCCUUCGUCAUCAUGCAGAUGAUGGUGAUCCGAUGGAGGGAGAAGAAGCAGAAGGAGGUCGAGCUCCAGUCCACCAACAGACCCGCCGCCGUGCGGAUGGAGGAGGCGGAGACGCUAGAGGAGCGAGGCAGCGCAAACUUGAUCGCUGUUGAAGCGGAGGAGAAGAGUCAAGAGGAGAGCAGCAGGGCAGACAGCUCGUUCCCGACGAGCGAGGUGAAUGGAGGGAGGAACAAAUCCAAACUUGGCAGCGGGGGGGAGGGGGAAUGGAGCGAACACGCACCCGUCAAGGCGAAGAACGAGCAGUUCUGCUCAUCCUUUCCUGGCCACUGCUCGCCCUGGGAUACCUUCACCCUCUCCAUCUCAGCCGUCGCUGGAGGUAUUGCCGGCUUCCUUGGCGGCCUGUUCGGAGCUGGCGGGCCUCCUAUUCUUGUCCUCUUCGCCUACAUCGCGACGCGUCACGACCUUGGGAUCACCCAGCAGAACAUUCGCAGCACAGGUCAGACCACCUACUUUCUCUCCAUUAUAUGGCGGCUGGUGGUGCUUGCAGUACAGGACCUUCUCUUCAUCAGCAGGUGGUGGCCUUACUAUCUGUGCGUCAUGGCGUCCGGGUCUGUCGGAGCCCUCGCAGGGUCCUGGCUCUACCACAAGCUGCCGACCGACACCAAGCAAUAUCAGAAGCUGUAG